CUUUCCAUCACCCAGGUGUGUGUGAGUUUGAUAAGAACUCUGAUAAAAUCCCCGUCAUCUUUCCUCGGGGUUUUUUUUUUUUGCUUCAAGAACUUCAUUCAGAGUGUUUUCCUCGACUAAAGAUUGGCUAAUUGUGGAUAAUUCAGUAUUACUACGACGGGAUACGAGAGCACACCUGAUACACCUGGGGAUAUUUCAUUAAAAAAACAAAAAAAACAAAAAGAUGGAGGGUGAGAAGAAGCCGAUGCGGGUGCUGGUGACAGGCGGCAGCGGCCUGGUAGGGAAAGCCAUAGAGCAUGUGGUGAAGCAGAAAGGAGCGAGUGAAGGAGAGGAGUGGAUCUUCCUCAGCUCAAAAGAUGCAGACCUGACGGCCUGUUUUCAGCAGCAUGGACGCCGUUACACAGCUGUCAUUCCCACAAACAUUUUUGGCCCACAUGACAACUUCAGCAUCGAGGACGGUCAUGUUUUACCUGCACUCGUCCACAAGACCUACAAGGCAAAGAGGGACGGAACAGCUCUGGAGGUUUGGGGUAGUGGUCAAGGACUACGUCAGUUCAUCUUCUCUGUAGAUCUGGCUCGUCUUUGUGUGUGGGUGCUGAGAGAAUACAACGAAAUCGAGCCCAUCAUUCUCUCAGUUGGAGAAGAGGAAGAGAUGUCCAUUAAAGAUGUCGUUGAUGUGAUUGUGAAAGCUUUCGGCUUCACAGGACCUGUGAUUUAUGACACAAGCAAAUCUGAUGGUCAGCUGAAGAAAACGGCGAGUAACACUAAGCUGAGACGCUACCUUCCUAAUUUUGCCUUCACUCCAUUCUAUACAGCCGUGAAGGAGACGUGUGAUUGGUUUGCUGCUAACUACGACAGCGCUCGCAAAUGACCGUUCUGCUCGAGCCGGAGAAUGACAUGCUUUCUACUCUUCAUCGGUACAUGGUGUUAAACCUGCUGUGAACUAUCUUCUGUCAAAGUUUUAUUCUUAACAAUCAAGAAAAAAAUUCCAUCUGAUCUCAGGAUAUCUGUUUACAAAUCUGUUUUAAUCAACAUGCUGUGCCUUUUUAAUCUGAUGACAAUAAUAGGAAAAUAAAAUUCACCUUUGGUUUGCA